CUUGAUGCCCUUGAAGCAUCUCUCUCAGAAAUGAAAGAUCUACUAAAAUCCGUUCUUCUGAACAAGAACCAGUCAAUGACAAACGACCCCGCAACUGAAAUGCUCGGAUCUAGCAGCAGUCUCAAAGAUAUCAACAAUAGCCAAGACACAAGACACGUGCCUUCGGAGGCCGAUAUAUCGGCAGCCACUGACAUCCAGCCCGCACCCAUCACGGUAGUCCGCCACGUUGGAAGACUAAUCACAGAGCCUGUAGUAACGGGUGAAAACGACUCACUACUGGAAACCAUGACCGGGAUGGGUCUGGACUCCGAGAACUUCGCCAGCGUCUUCCAGCACGGCUUCGAUCAGAUAUCGUCGUGGUAUCCAUUUCCGAACGAGACUCUGACGGACCUCAAACAGAACAACCCGCUGCUCUUCGCAAUGUGUUUGCUCGCAGGAAUUCGAGCAACUGCCGGCCUCAACCGCUCUGAUUUGCAUGUCACUCUAUAUAAUAUGGUCAAAACCCAUUUGGGUAAGAAAACUCUAGAUACGCCUAUUGAUCUCUCAACCAUACACGGCAUGCUUAUCUUCAGCGCGUGGAGCUUUGGGCCGCUUGUACCGGGUGGUAAAUAUAUCGACAGUUGGUUGAUGAGCAGUACAACCAUCACCCACUGUCUGUUGAGUUUCCCUCUAUCUGAGCUUGUGUCUCGCGCUGGAGUGUACGAUGAGACGAGUCGUAACAUGUGCAGGAUGUGGAUUCAGGCGUCGUUGGUUCAUCUAAAAUACGCGGUUGGCACUGGUCGUCCAUCCCUAAUACCAUGCGAGCGUCUUCACCUAUGGACGGAGGUCGUCAAAUAUCCCGGCUUUGAGACGUUUGACCAAAUCAUCGGAGCAGAGCUCAAGCUCUAUAUCCACCUGUACGAGGCCAUCUAUCACACUACCAACUCGGUCGAUGAGGCAUGGGAGAGGCUCAACAGAUGGGGGCGUAACUACCUUGCAGAUGGCAAUAGCGCACUGCGAUGGGCCCACUCAUGCUCAUCUCUCAUCCUAUCACGAUGGGAACUAGCAAAACAGAAUCAAAGCAUAUCGCCCGACUCCCUGAUCCGCACCGAGCGCAUCACCGAGCUAACCGCGGCGGUUAUCCGACAUGCGCAGCUGGUCCUACAAGAAAUCCUCGUUCUCUGCUCCGCAGAAACAGCCUUCGUUCGACCAACAUACGACUACCUACUGACCGCAUAUGCGGGCGUAACUCUGGCAGAGUAUUGCGGGAGCAUAUCGGAUAUACACGCAACGUAUACGCUGAUGGAGAACGUCCGGACACAGGCAAGGAUUCCCAGGAGCAUUGAGGGGGUGUUUAGCUGGGCUACGAAUGUGGUGCGGAAGAAGGCGAAGGAUAUGCUGGAUUCGAAAUUGCCGAUAGUUCCUGAUGAUACUUUUUACUCGUAUCCUGGGUCAGUCGCUGACUGGGCGCCGUUCCGGUUUAUUGACUCGAUGCCUGCUUCUGACUGGGAUAUGCAGCAAUAUUGA